GCUGGUAUUGGUAGAACUGGAACAUAUUUAGCUUUAGAUUAUCUGAUACAACAAGCUCAAGCUGAAAAUUCUGUAGAUAUUUUUUCUUGUGUAUCACAGAUGAGACAAGAAAGAGUUAACAUGGUUCAGACUCUGGAACAGUUUCAAUUUUGUUUUGAAGCAAUUGGAGAAUACCUGGAUAAUUUUUCUAAUUAUGCUAAUUCAUGUUGA